UCGAACAAUAACACUACUUCCCCAACCCAAAACGUAAUAUCUUUUUGAAAUAUUUCUACAGUUCCAAACCUAUCGCUCAAAUAUGUGUUUCUUUGAAAACCGCUGCGAUAGAGAUUCUAUGGUGGUGAAGAUGAAUAUGGCAUGGUGGAUGGAGUCGCCUCCUCCGCAGAUAAUUUUUCCGGAGAAACCAUCUACUUGUCCGAUUCUUGAAACGAUUAUAGAAGAAAGAGAGACAGAAGAAGACGAUCAAGAACAUGAUAAAGAAGACGUUUAAUGAUCAUUUGAUCUUCCUUCUUGGGGGU